AUGGAGGGCUGUGUGGUGGGGAGCUGGGCUCCUCUGGGCUUGCUCCUGGUCUGCCUUCAUCUUUCAGGCCUCUUUGCCCGGAGCAUCGGUGUAGUGGAAAAGAAAAUUCCCCAAGACUUGAGGACCAACUUGCCUCUUCUUCGACAACCUUCCUUGACUGGCCUCUCCAACUCCAAACAUCCUCAGUCCAAACCAGACUCUAGGGCUAAUGAUUUAGCAAGGGUUCUUCUGAAGCCCAAUGCUUCUCCAUCAGACGGCUCUCAACCAGCAGGAGGUUCUGGGGUUCAGAGAUGGCCCCCUUCUUGGGGGCUGCCCUCCAUGGAUUCCUGGCCCUCUGAAGAUCCUUGGCAGAUGGUGGCUGCUGCGAUGGAGGAUCAGAUGGAAGAAGUGCCGCCCGAAGAACUGUCUUUGCCUUCUAGUGUUGUUGCCCUCCCCCUGGGAGGUGGGUCCUCUGCAGGCCCCUCGCCUGAGGCUUCACUGCUCCACCAGGAUGCUGAGUCUAGGCAGCUACCCCGUUCCAACGUGCAGAGAGCCCAAGGAGAAAUCAUUGCCCCAAACCCACAUUGGUCUCUCAUCAAGAGGAUUCAACAGCCACUUCUGCCAGGUCACCCCUGGGGGACCUUGAGUCCCAGUGUGUCCUGGGGUGGAGGUCCUGGAACUGGAUGGGGAACAAGGCCUAUGCCACACCCUGUGGGAAUCUGGGGUAUCAAUAAUCAAUACCCAAGUUCUAGCUGGGGGAAUGUUAAUCGGUAUCCAGAUUCCAGCUGGGGGAAUAUCCAUCUACAUCCAGGCAUUAAUAAUAAGUUUCCUCUCCGAGUUCUCUAUCCUCCUGGCUCUUCUUGGAACAUGCCAGCUGACUUCCCCAAUCCUCAAAACCCUGGGUCGCAGUGGGGUUAGGAGAAUGACAGAAGGGGAAACCCCAAAUUGGAAGUGAAAGAAGGGAGUCCUGCUUCCACUUCUUGCAGUGUGAGCUAAAUCAAGAUUUAAUCAGCAUAGUUUGUAGCACCAU